CAGGAAGAGCUAGAGGUUUCUUGUAAGAUAGCAGUAUCACAAGGGCAUUCGUCGCUAGGUUGUGCGGAAAGGGUUACUGAUCUGCGUAUUGCCGAGAUCAUCGUUAAAGAUUCAUAUAUAACAAGGCAUUAAACACAUACUUUAUUUAUUGUCGUUUUUUUCAGUUAAAAUGACACCCUUUAUUUUUAGAAUUUGUAAAAUUAUGAUCUGGAGAGCGCCAAAAUCGAUAUGGAGAUUGAGGCCCGUACAUCCUCAGAGUGGAGUUCUUUGUUGUCCCGGAAUAGGCGCAGUUAAAGUGGGCCACAAUCUAAAUGGCUACCGAGAGAUUCAUCGGAGAGCUGCUGUGUGUCAGAGACAAGAAAAUACUAAUGUACCUAAAUCAAAGGUGCCACAGUCACCAACAUGGGAACCGGUAGAAGAGAAAGAUCUUCCACCGCCGACACGUGUCCCUCCCGAUUUAGUGGACAAGUUGGAGCGUUUGGCCCUGGUGGACUUCCGAAACAAAGAAGGCGUGGCCUGCCUGGAAAGAGCGAUCCGAUUUGCAGAUCAGCUCCAUAUUAUCGACACGGAGGGGGUGGAGCCCAUGGAUUCUGUGCUUGAGGACCGACAGCUGUAUCUGAGAGAGGACAGUGUACGCGAAGGGGAAUGUGCCGAGCAGCUGCUUCGUGCCUCCAGUAAGACCGUGGAAGAGUACUUUGUGGCUCCACCGGGGAACAUCCCCCUGCCACAGCGAGAGGAGAGAGCCAGUUUGCUGAAGAACUCCGAAUUCUGACCCUGGGACGCUGAGCCAUCUGGUGACAGUCGAGACUGCUGAGUGCAGUGGGCAUGUGCGUCUUUCAUAGUCCCUCCUGUCAAGAUGACAGUGGAUUAAUGUAGGGAAAAGGGCUGCUGGUGUAAUUGUCUGCCCUGGGUAUAGCAAAGUCAACACUGAGCCAGUGGUUUAAGAGGAUAGAAUUUGGAAGCCUUUUAAUGGUAGGCAAAGACAUUUUGAAGGAAUCACCUGAUCGGUUAGCCCUGCCUACCAUUACCAUACCUCAGGAGUUUUAAGGCUUGCCUGUUUGAUGCUUUCAGGGAAUGUUGAUGUGGUGCAGGGGUUUAGUGUAAUUCAGAACAUAUCCAUCUGACAGAUUUAGGGUACUGGGGAUUAUUCUCCAUAACUGGUCAAAUAAACAUAGUAUAUGCCAUUCUUCAGUGUUCUGACCUAUCUGACUUCCUUUAGGUUGAGAGCAAUAUAACUCAGACACAGUCCAAUUAUUUUACCAUUAAACACAGCCAUUGUAAUAGGCUGAGUGUGCAUUGACUGCUGAAUGUGAUUUGAGUAGGAGCACUAAAUAAACCAUUAAAUUGGUGAGUCCAGUAAAGAAAGAUACUGUUUUACAUACUUGAACAGAGAGGUAAAUAAUCUGAGGAAGAGACAUAUCGAUGUUCAUACAUAUAGGAGGACAGUCAUGCAAAACACCACUUCACACAUCUAAUUUAAGGCUUAUAACGACCAAUAAAAAGUGCCAAGAUAUUUUACAACUAAACAUUCUUGUUGAUUUUUAAACUUUAAUUUGUAUGUAACAAUGCCUGCCAUCAUAGUUCUGACCAUUUGAUAUACAAAUCUUGUUACCUGAAAAACACAUUUUAUAUACUUAUUUGCAACUGUAUUAAAAGUUGACAGGUUUCAAACUAUUAAAAAAAAAUCCAAUUCCAUGCUGUUGAAUAUCAAAAUCUUCUACUUCUGAAACUGAGAGGGUAUAUUAAGUAUGGUGGUUUUGUUUAAUAAAAAAAAUGAACUUGC